AUGUUAAUUCCAAAGGAAGACAGAAAGAAGAUCCACCAAUACCUCUUCAAGGACUUUGAAAUUCAACACGAUGACAUCGACACCAAGAACUUGUACGUCAUUAAGGCCAUGCAAUCGUUGACUUCCAAGGGAUACGUCAAGACCCAGUUCUCGUGGCAAUACUACUACUACACUCUGACCGACGAGGGUAUCAACUACCUGAGAGAGUACCUUGCUUUGCCAGAGACCAUUGUUCCAAACACCUUGGUUGCUGAGCCAAUCCAGGAGAGACCACAGGCCAGACGUGGUCCAAGAAGAGACGACGGUGAGGGGUACAGAAGAAGAUUCAGAGAUUAG